ACUGUGGAGUGUUGCAGUAAUGGUUGACCUUCUGGAAGUUUCUUCCAUCACGAUCUUUGAUGCUCUGCUAGAUUGACCAUUGAGCUCUUGAUUAUCUCUCUUACCAAGGCACUUUUCGCUGGAUUACUUAGUUUGGUGGGACGCCCAGAGCUAAGAAGAUUCCUGAUUGUUUCAAACAUCUUCCAAUUUAAGAAAUAUUAAGACAAUUGUACUUAUGGGAACUUUCAGUGGAGCAAACAUUUUUUAGUAGCCUUCUCCGGAUAUGUUUCACCACACAAUCCUGUUUCUGAGUCCUACAGGAAGUUGAUUCCUUCUUCAUGGUGUUUUUUUCUCUGGUAUGCAUUGUCAGCUAUGAGAUCUUAUAAGGACAGGGGUGUGUCUUUCUAAAUCAUGUCCAGUCAACUGAUUGACUCCAAUCAAGACACAUGGGAGGCCCCAGAGCAAUAAUGGCAGGGACAGCGCUGGUAUACGAUGAAGAAAUGAUGAGCUAUAGUCUGCUUUGGGAUGACCCAGAGUGUGCUAUUGAGGUGCCGGAGAGGCUGUCUUCUUCCUACAAGAGGCUUCAGGACUAUGAUCUUGUAAACAGAUGUGUCCGGUUACCUGUCAGAGAGGCUACGGAGGAAGAGAUAAUGCUAGUUCACAGUCGUGAAUACCUUGAUGUAGUUAAAAGUACUCAAUCUAUGGAUUUAGAGGAGUUGAAGGAAACCUCAAAGAAGUAUAUUGCUGCAUAUUUUCAUCAGAACUCUUAUCACUGUGCUAAGCUGUCACUUGGUGGCACACUUCAAGUUGUUGAUGCUGUGAUGUCUGGAGGUGCUCAGAAUGGAAUGGCUCUCAUAAGACCUCCAGGGCAUCAUAGUCAACGAAGUGCAAGCAAUGGAUUCUGUGUCUUUAAUAAUGUUGCAGUUGCUGCAGAAUAUGCAAAAAACAAGUACAAAGUUCAAAGAAUUCUGAUAGUUGACUGGGACAUUCACCAUGGACAAGGAAUUCAGUACAUCUUUGAAAAUGACCCAAGUGUCCUAUAUUUCUCCUGGCACCGCUAUGAACAUGGAUCAUUCUGGCCAUGUCUAAGCGAAUCCAACUUUGAUUUCAUUGGAAAAGGCGGCGGAACUGGCUUCAAUAUAAAUCUACCAUGGAACCAGAUUGGUAUGGGUAAUGCAGAUUAUAUUGCAGCUUUCUUACAUGUGCUCCUGCCUGUGGCUUUUGAGUUUAAUCCCGAACUAGUUUUGGUUUCUGCCGGUUAUGAUUCAGGAAUUGGAGACCCUGAGGGAUGUAUGCGUGCUACUCCAGAGUGUUUUUCCCAUCUCACUCACAUGCUUAUGCAUCUUGCUGGUGGUAAAAUGUGCAUGAUCCUUGAGGGUGGAUACCACUUACGCUCUCUGUCAGAAUCUGUUUCUAUGACUGUAAGAACGCUGCUCAGAGAUCCAGUACCCAGGUUGUCUGGAGAAAUGAUACCAUGUUACAGUGCUUUAGAAUCCAUACAGAAUGCAAGGCAUGUACAUUCCCCAUACUGGAAGUGUUUUUUGCAUGAUGAAACAAGAUUAGUAGAGGAGAUAAGCACAAAAGGAUUGCCAACGCCUGCGCCUUUAGAUGCAGAUAUAUCUGAUAUGGAUGAGUUUCUAGAAAAUCACAUGAAGAAGAUCCUGCACCCGACACCCCCAGUGACAGCCCUUCUGGUAGCUCCUGUAGAGAACACAAUGAACAUGCCUGCAGGUAUGCAGUUAGAAGAAGAUGCCGCCAGCCCAGAGCAAGCGAUUAAUACAAUACGGGUCUUCAAUCAAGAACAAUUAAAUAAAAAUCUAUUAAACUCUGUGGUUAAAAUGCUACCUGCUCUAGAAAAACUUGUUAACAGGAAGACAAGGAACUGUAUUACUUUGUCUCCAAAUGCUUCUCUUUCUGCUGCAGUUGCAGUACAGCAAGUUUUACAUUUGGGUUCAGAAAGAGUACUCUGUAUUAUUAUUGGGGAUGUUGAUAUUGGACCUGCCAUAGGAGACGAUGGGAAAACUGUGUGCCUUACAAUUUCUGGAGACAAAAUGUUUGAGAAGUCUCAUUCACAGUAUCAGACUUUUUUCAAGUGGAAAGAAAAUUCACAUGAAGGUAGCAGCUUCUUCUAUGCUCUGUUCCGAUUCCUACUUCCACUGGUUUAUUCCUUCCAGCCUGACCUUAUUAUAUUGGCUAUUGGAAGCAAUGGAAGUGUUGAUACAAAGGAUAUUGCUUUGCUUACCAGCCUGCUGCAGGGUCUAGCUGAGGGUGCAGUACUCGCUGUUGUUACGGAAAAAGAAAAAGAAAUCAUAGAAGCUUUGUCUAACAUCCUGGUAAACUGUGCUUCAAUGGUCUUUGGACCUUACAAACCCCCUUCUAAAGAAUGUGUACGAAGCUUAACACAAGAGCUUGCGGUCAUGCAGGCAAAAUGGAGAAUGCUGCAAUGUCUUGCAAAGUAGAAGUGUCGCAUUGAAGAUCUGGUCGGAAGACAACUAUUAAGCUCUGGGAGUAUAAAGACAUUUAAUAAUGUGGAAAUUGAGGAAGAAAAAUAUUGUUCACCUAUCAAACCAAAAAAGGGCAGCCAUACAUAUGUGUCAUUAAAUAAAUGUGUGUGUAUAUGCAGAGUUUUUAAAUGCAAUAAAUACAAUUUUAUAUUAU